AUGACCACCAGGAACCCUAGCGCGACUCCAGGACGCGCUCACCAUGGCACAACGGGCACUCGGCAAGGGCUCAGCAAAUCCCGAAAGAAAUAUUACGACCUGAGGAGGCGAGCCUGGGCCCCUAAGGUCGGGGACCCGGUCAUGCGGCGAGAUCACCCACUAUCCUCCGCCGCAGACCAUUACAACGCCAAGCUGGCCCCAAAAUUCGCUGGACCCUACAUAGUCGCCGAACGCCUCGGCCCAAACGUGGUGCGGCUCCGAGAGCAGCUAGGCAAACUGCGCACGGCACACAUCCAGGACCUCAAGCCGUGCCCCACCAUCGACGACAACCAGGUCGCGAGCUGCGAACCGCGAAGAGACAUUAAUCACUCUGCCACCAGGGGGAAAAUCCGCGAACCGCGAACUCGGGAGGCAAAGCACCCCGCGAGCAAAUAUAUAACGAGCCGCGAACCCGCGAAGGAAGAAAAUCAAGCAACAAGCAUGUCGCACAGCAAGGAGACAGCUACACCUCUGGGCCGCCACGACCCGCGACCACCCGAGGCUCGAUCCCGGAUCAUCCGGGUCCAGGACCUCCGCGGACCAGUCCGCAUCGUGGGGCCACCCCCACGUGUUUCGCCGCCGCCACGCCAGCCGCCAGGGCGAGACGUGGCGGAGACCAUAACGCCGGCCGCGCAGCCGCCGGCGCAGCCAGAAGGACCGGGGGUCUCAGCCCCGGCUCCGCAUCGACACCACCGCGUCGCCAGGGCGACGCCAGCCGACCGGGCCGACACGAUGGCCAGGGCAAGGGCCCUAGCCGAAACCACCCGGAGGGCCACUCGACCAGCCAGGCCAACGCGACCAGCCAGGCCGACUCGGCCGGCCAGGCCGACUCGACCAGCCGCGCCACCGCCAGCUCCGCGACCAGCCGCACCGACAGCCCGGCCACCAGCAGCACCGCCAACACCACCCGUCGGCCCGACACCGGACCCACCCAGUGCAGCGGCCGUUUCGGCCGCACCAACGGCCGCACCACCGGCUGCACCACCGGCCGCACCACCGGCCCACGCCAGCAGGCUUGCCGCCAGAGGCCACCGACGCCAGCUGGACGCCACCGCCGCUCAUUACGGAGCUCCCGACCUGCCCGCACCGCCAACACCGGCAAGCCCGCCGACCGAGCAGCGGCCCAACGAGGCCGACAGCGACCGCCACGGGCCCCGCCACCGUAACCAGCCGCCCCGCCGACCAUCCAACACCAGAAGCCGUCACCGUCACCACCGGGAGGACGGACGAGACCGUCCUCGACUGCGAGGUCCUCUCACGGCGGCGGCCCACCUACGUGACCCUGGCCAACGGCGUCACGCUGGCCAUCCGCCGACUCCGGACAGGGCGCGUCCGGGUCCGAGCGCUUCUGGGGCCCGCACCGCCACAGGGUCCACCAGGCACGGCGGAAACCGAACCCUGAGCCAGCCCGCCCCACGGGAAGUUGGCUGA